ACAACAAUUGAUAAACAAAUCAUUUACCCGGUUUUAGAUUAAAAAACAAAUAAACAAUGGAUCGGCGUCGCAGAGAUAGCUCUCCCUACAGAGAGAAGCGCAGGACAUCAAGGAGCAGCGCUGUGACCUAUAAGAAGCUCCAGGCAAUGCCGACAAAUCUCCGAAAGAAAGUCGUAAGAGAAGCCAGGAAUAACAACGAAAAGAUCCUGGGCAGGCGAAGGAGUUCUAUGAGGCGUCGAAAAGUACCCUCUGACCGCCGAGUUCGCAAUGACUUUGACCGCUCCGAACACAAUGCCAUGCUAGCCAGCACUUCGCAGGAACUCAGGCACAUCCUCGAGAACUUCAGCACACUCUCGGACAUUCCACGUGACAUCACUUCAGCGGAGCUUCUGUGGGAGAUCGCCAUCGCCGAGGGGCAGGCCACCACGAUCCACGUACAGCGGGACGGACUCAGCACUCUUACGGUGGUGCUCCACCAGCCAGAGCCGACGAUCGCUCAUUUGAAGAGGGCUAUUGCCAAUAUCUCUCUAGCCCAACACAGGCGCAAGCAUCGGGAGCGGCACGAAGAGCGUCUUAGGCGUCGUGGAAUUACCGAAGACGCCAAGCAAGAGGAACAUGUUUCCACCAGCUCCACGGGCGAGUUAGUUCACUCCGCUCGGCGCAACGGGCACGAUCACCGCGCGUUCGUAUCGUGGCGAUUUCUAUGGCGCUGUUUCUGCCUCUUCAACGUGGACAAGUCUCAGCCGAUUGACGACCGAGGAUCCAAGGGCCGGACCACCCUUAGAGAGCUGGGCAUUGAGAACGCGACUACUCUCAAGUUUGCCCACCGCGUCAAGUAUUUCGGGCGCCAGCGGCAGAGUUAA